AGGAGGUGGAGGAGGAGGCACAUGUAUCGCGACUCGUUCUCCCCCGCUGCCUCCAUCGUGUCUCCCUCUCAGUCGUCGCUCUCCUCACCCCUCGUUCCUCUCGGACCGCCGCCGCUUCCUCGUUAAGAUGGCUGACCCCAGCAGCGACGGAGAGGUACCGGAGAGCGCGCGCGGCUUCGCCCGUCAGGGAGCCCUCCGUCAGAAGAACGUGCACGAGUUUUCCCACAAUGCGACAGCACAGCCAGGCCUGUCGGAGGAAGAGGAGGUGGAGGAGGAGGAGGGGGAUGCGCGUUUUCGGCAAGCCGCAGAGCAGUGGCCGCUGCUCGGCGUUUACCGCAUCGACCCGACACCCAUCUCUGAAACUGGAGGUCUGGUGGAGGAAUGCAGCUGGAGACACACAGACACAGGGUGUCCAUGUGUUAUUGUAUAUGUGUGUGCAUGCAUCAUUAUCUGUGCAUCAGUUUGUGAAUUCCCCAUAUUCACAUGUCUCUUUUCUAUCCGCAGGGGCUUUGGGAAACAGGGAUUCCAGUGCCAAGUGUGCUGUUUUGUGGUCCAUAAGCGCUGUCAUGAAUUUGUCACCUUUUCCUGUCCGGGGGCCGACAAGGGACCCGCCUCCGACGAUCCUCGUAGUAAACACAAGUUUAAGGUCCACACCUACUCUAGCCCGACCUUCUGUGACCACUGUGGCUCCCUCCUCUACGGGCUGAUACACCAGGGCAUGAAAUGUGACCACUGUAUGAUGAACAUCCACAAGCGGUGUGUGGCCAACGUCCCGAGUCUGUGUGGGACAGAUCACACUGAGAGGAGAGGACGCAUCCAAAUCUCUGCUCACAUCACUGAGGACAAGCUCACCGUCACCAUCAAAGAGGCUAAAAACCUGGUGCCCAUGGACCCCAAUGGCCUGUCAGACCCCUACGUCAAGCUCAAGCUGAUCCCAGAUCCCAAGAGUGAGAGCAAGCAGAAGACCAAGACCAUCAAAUGUUGCCUCAACCCCACCUGGAACGAGACCUUCGUUUUCAACCUAAAAGAAAGUGACAAGGACCGCCGUCUGUCAGUGGAGGUCUGGGACUGGGAUUUGACCAGCAGGAACGACUUCAUGGGAUCUCUGUCCUUUGGGAUCUCAGAAUUACAAAAACAAGGGGUAGAUGGAUGGUUUAAGAUGCUGUCUCAGGAGGAAGGGGAAUACUUUAAUGUUCCUGUGCAGCCGGAGGGAGAGGAAGGUAACGAGGAGCUGCGACAAAAGUUUGAGAGGGCGAGAGUUGGUCCAGGGAAGCCCACAGACUCUUCUUCCUCCUCCUCGGUGUGCAAGUAUGACAGCAAUGGCAAUCAGGACCGGGUCAAGCUCUCCGACUUCAACUUCAUCAUGGUUUUGGGCAAAGGGAGCUUUGGCAAGGUGAUGCUGGCUGAGAGGAAGGGUACAGAUGAGUUGUACGCCAUCAAAAUCCUGAAGAAGGACGUGGUGAUCCAGGACGAUGAUGUCGAGUGCACCAUGGUGGAGAAGAGAGUCCUCGCUCUCUCCGGAAAACCACCUUUCCUCACUCAGCUGCACUCCUGUUUCCAGACCAUGGUAGGGUUCUAUGCUGCAGAGAUUGCCAUUGGACUCUUCUUCCUUCACUCCAAAGGCAUUGUGUAUCGAGAUCUGAAGCUGGACAACGUGAUGCUGGACUCUGAAGGCCAUAUAAAGAUAGCCGACUUUGGCAUGUGCAAAGAGAACAUGUAUGAUGGAAUUACCACAAAGACAUUUUGUGGAACACCAGACUACAUCGCUCCAGAGAUCAUAGCUUAUCAGCCCUAUGGGAAGUCUGUGGACUGGUGGGCCUUUGGAGUGCUGCUCUAUGAAAUGCUUGCUGGACAGCCGCCUUUUGACGGGGAGGAUGAAGAUGAGCUGUUCCAGUCGAUCAUGGAGCAUCAUGUCUCUUACCCUAAGUCCAUGUCCAAAGAAGCUGUUGCAAUCUGCAAGGGGCUUAUGACCAAGCACCCAGGUAAGCGUCUAGGCUGUGGUCCAGAGGGCGAGAGAGACAUCAAAGAACACGCCUUCUUCCGCUAUAUAGACUGGGAAAAACUGGAGAACAAAGAGGUCCAGCCGCCUUUCAAACCUAAAGCUUGUGGGCGUGAUGCGGAGAACUUUGAUCGCUUUUUCACACGCCACCCCCCAGAGCUGACCCCCCCAGAUCAGGAGCUUAUAGCCAACCUGGACCAGGAAGAAUUCCAAGGCUUCUCAUUUGUUAACCCUGAGUACCCUCACACAACUCACUGACCAUGCCACAUAUCACUGGGCUGCACUAGUAAUCCCCCACACCUCGGAAACAUGCAUUAAAAAAAUUUAUAAAAAUAAAAAAAUCACCAUGAUGUCAUAUCUAGGCUGCAUUCGGCAGGGUUGAAACGUUACAGGAAUAGUUCACGUUUUCGGACAUACGCUUAUUGGCUUUUUCUUUUGAGAGUUGGAUGAAAAUAUAGAUAUUAACCUCGUCUGUGCAUGAAGUACAGAGCUGGAGUCAGAAGGUUAUUAGCCUAGCUUAGCAUACAGACUGGAAGCAGGGGGAAACAGCUAGCCUGUCUCUCUUCAAAGAUUAAAAAAGACACCUACUUGCGCCUCUAAACAUGUUCUAUCUAGUUUAUUAAAAAAAAAAAAAAACAUAGUUACACUAUAUAACUGCUCCUGAAGACGUGAAAUUUUAGAGGAAGUGCCAUGCGAGGGUCACAUGACAGACGGACACAGCUGAAUCAGUAAACUACUUUUUGUUAGCGUUGUUAGCUUGUCUAUUGGUAGCGCAAGAAGUUUGUCAGGGAUGAAGCAGAAAGAACAACUGCCCAUGAAAAGUAAAAAAUCUCCACAGCAAAGGAAAAAAUGCAUCACGCUUGUUAAUCUUUUUCUGUUUAGUUUUUACAGCAGCAGCCUACCUUAUCACUGUGAUUCAAAUGUAGUCAAGCAAAAAAAAAAUCCCAUCAUCCUCAGCUGUACUUGGUGCUUGGUCAUAAUUAGUAAAUAUUAUUAUCUAUCUAAGAUGGUGAAUGUGGUCAACAUUAUUAACCUAUUUAAUCUGCCAAACAUCCGCAUGUUAACUUUAUCAUUUUGAGCGUGUCAGCAUGCGCAUGUUAACAUUUAGCGCAGAGCACCACUGUGCCUACAUACAGCCUUACAGAGCUGCUGUGUCUUGUCAGAUUCUUUAAUGUGAAGGUCUGUUGCGCAGCAAAAGACUUGCACCAGCUAAGAGCUUGCAACAACCAGUAGUAGUAAGCCAGCAGUAAGUAUGCUAACAGAUUAGCUCACUAGUGGUAAUCUAGUGCGGCUACCUCCUGCAGGUCAUUGGUCAAAAUGUGUCUUUGUGUGUGGAUUAAACAAAAAGAUUAAAAUGUCUUAAUUAGUAAACUAGUUCUGGUUGCUCUAUUUUUCAGGAGAGCCAGGCUAGCUACUUCCCCUGGUUUCCAGUGUUUAUGCUAAUUGUCUCCUGGCUCCAGAACUGUACCUAAUGCACAGACAUAAGAGUGAUAUCAAUCCCAUCGAGAUAUAUAUAUAUAUAUAUAUAUAAGAUGGACGACAUGACAGCUCUCCUAAAGUGAAGCCAAAACACCUUGAUCUCCCCCUGGUGGCUGACUGUUGUAUAGGUUAUAAAGCCUGUUGCCUCCUUCUUAGCAGAAAAAAUCUCAAUAGACGUCAAAUAAUUUAUUCCUAAAGGUUUCUGUCAUUUUAUGUAGUUCAUGUAGUUCUUAUCACACUGAUGUAAGUUAAAGUGUGCUCCGACUGGUUUGGUUUAAAUUAGUUAGCCUAUUUGAAGCUAUAAAAAGGGGGAUUCACGUCAUAAUUGACAGCUGAGCCCACUCCUUGAGGCGGGACAUGGACACCACCCCGCGUUAUCUAACGCACAGUUUCUGGCUCCGAAUUACAUAAUCAGCGCAACAUGGCACCGUAUCUGGGAUAUUUUGGCUUCAUUUUUGUACAGUGGGAUGAAGUGGAGACGCGAUAUCCAUCCUUUAUAUGUCGAUGAUCAAUUCAACUUCUGGAAAGAAAUCCAUAUAAGCGUAU